AUAGUAGCGUUGUUUCACUUAUUUUUACCAUUACAAUGAAGAUUCGCGGUAUUUCUUCAUCUUCUAUGCGAACCUACAAACCAAAAUCAUCAACCCCUUUUCCAUUCCCUUCUUCUUCUUAUUCACAUCAAAAUAACCCCUUUCGUAUUUUACACUCUAUUACUAAUAACACCCCCACCAUAACUACUACUACUACACAUCAUGCCGAUGAUGAUGCCAUAUGUCGGUUCAUUGAUCCUCCUCCAUCUCAGACUGAAGUUCACGAUGCUCUAUCUUCUCUCCAAAGGGUGUUGGCGCUUGCUUCGCGAGUUGAACUCCUUAGGGACACAUAUUGCAACAAAUCAGAAAAUGAACUAAGCAAUCUUGACCAAGUUUCUGAAGAUGAUCCAGAUACAGACUGGCUCGAACCAUCUUUAUUUCCAUAUAAUCCGAAAUUGCUACAAGCUAAUGGAUCUGAAUCUGAUAGAGUUUAUUACGCAAUUCACUUAUUGCAGACCGAUCCAUCUGUUCAGAAAUUAGUAAAAUCAUUAUCAACUGAUGAAACUGUUUGGGAAGCUGUUCUGAAUAAUGAUGUUGUUCAGGAACUCAGGGAGUCAAUAUCUGCAGAUCAAGGGCACGAUCUUCAGAGUUUAGAUGACAUUGCUAAUGAUGACCCUGAUAAUACAACAAAUGUUUUGAUUUGGCUUCUAAGUACGGCCCCUGCCAAAUUCAUGGAAGUAAUCAAGAAAAUUACCAAGAUUGUGAUCAAUUUUUUUCAACGUUUAUUUAACAAGACUGCGGCGCAUAGAGAAGAUUCUCAACCCUUUAUUGAGAAACUGAGAGCUGCUUUCAUGCUUUCGAUCAUGGUCUUGUUGAUUGUGGUGGUUCGUCGUGUCCGAAGUUAGGGCACAACACAAUUUGACGACAUUACCAAACAAUUCUUUUGGACGGUUGGAUUAUUUUACACAUGCAGAACGUUCUAAAUGUUGUCAUAUGAUUGAUAGUCAUAUGAUUGAUAAAAAAAAAGUGGUCAUAUGCUUUUGGUCCUUUUGGUAUGUAGUUAGUUUUGGUUCAGUACAACAAUUAGCAUGUAACCACCACUCACUCAGCUCACGUCCUCUUGGGCAUAUACUUCUAUGAGUAAAUUAUCAUAUAGUUUUUGUUCAACACAA